UUUUCCUUUGGAUGAGAGAAAAAAGAGAGAGAGAUCUUGGUGCCUCUCUUUUUUCCCCCCUUCUUCUUCCCGGAGGAGAGGCACUCGCUCGGCUCGUCCUCCUCGUCUGCGGAGUGGCUGCACUGAGGCAGCGUUGACGUGGAGGAAGUGGAGGAAAAGUUGUCGCGCGCGGACUUUCAGGUCAUAUAUGAAGAUCGGGAUCGCGCGCAGACAUGCCCAUGCACCCCGUCACUUCGACUUUGAUGUACCGCGGGAUCUGCACCAUCCCGGACAUCCUCUCGUACGGGACACCGGUCAACCUACCUGAAGAUGAAGUGGAGGAGAUUCGGGAAGCGUUUAAGGUAUUUGAUCGCGAUGGAAACGGCUUUAUCUCUAAGCAGGAGCUGGGCAUGGCCAUGCGCUCUCUGGGUUACAUGCCAAAUGAAGUGGAGCUGGAGGUCAUCAUCCAGAGAUUGGACAUGGAUGGAGAUGGCCAAGUGGACUUUGAGGAGUUUGUGACACUCCUUGGGCCGAAGAUCUCCGCGGCUGGGAUGCCUGACAAGUUCAACGGCACAGAUUUCGACUCCGUGUUCUGGAAGUGCGACAUGCAGAAGCUCACCGUAGAUGAGUUGAAGCGUCUCCUUUACGAGACGUUCUGCGAUCACCUGACCAUGAAAGACAUCGAGACCAUCAUCAUGACAGAGGAGAACCACAUCGAGAACCCGGAGGACUGCCAAGUGGAUAUUGAUUCGGAGAGUCCGACACAGCAGGUGAAACAGACGUGUGUAAGGAAGAGUCUGAUUUGCGCCUUUGCCAUCGCUUUCAUCAUCAGUGUUAUGCUCAUCGCGGCCAAUCAGGUGCUCCGCAGUGGCAUGAAAUAACGUUGGCGAUCACUCACAAACCUGUGAACAUUCAACAUUGACUGCAAGCAACACUGUAAACUAAACAAAUUACAUGACCACAAGAAUUGACAAACUGAGUCCAAACAAACAACCUGACAGUGCUGUGAUUCAAUUUGUUAUUCAUUUAAUUGCAAAUUUGUAAUAAGUACUGAAUGGAAUAUAUUAUAUACAGACUGCAAUUAAAGUAAAAAAAAAAAAAAAGACUGUUUGAUUGGAUCCACAUCCUGAUCAGUUCAUGUGAUUUGAGAAACUCUACUUUCUCAUUGGCCUUGAUGUCCAAGAUGCAUGGAAACCUCCAACCCAGGACUCUCCUCCUCCUUCAGUGCAUGAAGUAAUGAAGUGAUGCAUGGACUUUCAGUAGUCUUAUAGCAUCUGUUGUUUUAUCUGUAUGCCAGUGGAGGAGUCAAGGAUGUCAUCUUUAGACUGGAAAUAGCCUCUAUACAGUUUGUUAAUCCAUGUGCAUGACUACAAGGGCUGUUCAGGAUAUGCUCAUGUUGUAUAGUGUUUGUGUGUAUUUGUUAUUUGUUGUUUGUCAGGUACUGUGCUUUCUUACCUGUUGCACUGAGCACAUUGUAGUAAUAUUUUACACUGCCAAAGGGGGGCACAGCAGCCCUGAAGUAUUGUUGUGGUGAUAUAUUAAGGUUUUGUGUUUCUUUGGAACCGGGAACCGAAGUUGAUGACCCUUGAGAUUUCAAUUAAUUGUAUUAAUAGCUUUUUAAAUAUCAGCUAUAGUGUAUUAACUUCUAA